AGGGACGGCCGGAUUUCGACACUGCCAACCAAGAUCAGGCAGCAACAACUGCGACACCCGCGGUCUCAGAGAUGCCUGCAAAGAACACAGGCUGCUUGAAUGACAAGAGAAGGCGUAGAUGAUGCGCGAGGCCAUGCUGGCGCGUGGAUACACGAGGACGGAGCAAACCCGAGUCUUCCAUCAGUCUUAAGGAUGAGGUGCCCUGCAGAGCCUGCAAAUCUUUAAACAUCUACAAAGGAUUCGAUACCAGCAUUAACUAUUGCUACAGUCUGACAAGUGACUGACCGAGGAUGACCAGGCUCUCUAUUCAAACACCGCCGCCAUUGGUGAGGUCCUCAAUCGAAUCAGAUUGCUCGACAGCAUCAUCAUCGCCCAAGACUCCCGCGGGCCUUCACUACAACCCGGAGAUAGCCUCGCCCAUCGGCCCAGACUUUUCAGGCUUCAGCUUUCGUCAACGACCCCCAGUUCCAAAGAAGUCUGCGUUCCGCAAGAGUUGCCCCUCCGUCACGCAGUAUCAGCAACAAUCCUUCACCUGGCAAAACGAUGCCAACUUCUUUGACCCAUGCUCGACGUUCCGCGACACGGAGAACACUGUCGCUCCAGUCAAGAUUCGCAAAGUCUCGGUGUGUGAACGGAGUGAUGCGCAAAAUGCAUACCUACAGAGCCCUGUCAGCUACUCGCGUCGUGUCUCUGUUGCAAGUUUGCACAGCACGACCCAGCUUCCUGGACCAGCAUCCAUGUCGCGCUCUGUAAGUUGGCUUGCACAACGUCGUGGUAGCGCCAUGAGCAUCGACAUGCGUCGUGAGAGUGUCGCUGAGAAGCGUAGUAUGCAGGCACAGCUCUCGCAAGAGCCACUUCCCGCACAGGGCCGCAGACUGUCAUCCACUGCAGACCUCCUUGCUAAUGCAGGCACUGGCUAUCAAAGCCACUGGAGUGCUUCCGAUAAUGAGGAUGACAACUACAGCGAUGAUGGAUGUUUGAUCGACCGUCGUCUGAGCUAUACCUCGCAAAUGGCGAGCUUCAGGCCAUCUAUGGGUAUCGAUGCGCCAUCAGAUACGCAAUACACAACAGUACGACGCAUCUCUCGUGCAUCGGGAGACUACGCCGCAGCGAGCAACGAACAGCAUCCCUUUGUUCGCGCACGCAGGGUAAGUGUUGGCCAAGCCAGACGUAUGUCUCGCCAACGCAGCGCCUCUAGCGACUACAGCGUCGGACCUAUGCCUGGUCUCGAGCAACUCGCAAAGUCACGCUUGAACUUGGCAAGGGAGCAAGCGCAGAGUGAUGCACUCGAGGCGAAAGAGGUGCAGUUCGCACAGGUGAUGGCUGAGAUUACAGCUGCGCAUCAGCAAGAAAAGGCGACACUCGCUGCUGAAGUGACGCUCUUGCGGAGACGACUUGCCACACUUGAGGCACAGUCGGAGGUUCUUGCAGCUUCAUUGUUUUAGCCUACACAUAAAGCCCAAAUGAUUGAUGAUUACCAAAG